UAUAUAUUUCUGUAAACAUUACCGUGGCAUAUUUUAACAUUCCAGAAACUUAACUAAUACUAUACGAAAUGAGCACUACUCCUUCGAAAGCGCAAGUAAGCGGCGGGUACAAAACGCCAAUGAAGCAGAGCACAACAAAAGCGCGCCAAGCAAAAUCAAGCAAUUUAAAGGCGAUCGAAAACCUAACCAAUUCAGAGGACUCCAGCGGUGCUGAGCCAGACUCUGCACAGAUUGAAGAGUCCGAUGAAAGUUUGCCUCAGCAGCGAACACGGCGCUCUACCCGUAACCCCAGCCCCACCAAAAGGUAUCGGGAGUACUGUAAAGAAGUUUUUGAUGAUAAAAGGCAGGCGGUUCGUAAACGCCGGCAAGUAGGCGCUUAUGAUGAGCGCACCGACGAUGAGAUCCAAGACCUGGAUACAGACAAUGAAGAGGAUGUGGAAAAUGAGCAGCAAGCUCCAGCUAAUCCGGAUGUGCAGCUCAUACAGGCCUACGAUGUGGCGGGCAGCAGCAUGUUUGGCUUUAAUACGCCCAAAAAACGGGAUGGCAUGGCCAUGGCUGCGCUCAGCGCCACACCUCGCACACCCAAGACCCCUAAAACACCGAAGACGCCGCGCUUGGGUGUCAAAACACCAGACACGAAACGCAAGAGAGCCGCCGAUCAGCCCAAAACUCCAUCACAUGUGCGCAGCCGCGUCAAGCAACAUAUUGCAAAAAUUGUGAACAAUUCCGAUGAGGACUUUUCGGCCGAUGACAGCGACUUUCAGCCCAGCGAUGCGGAAGAGUCCAGUAGCAGCAGCAGCAGCGAAAACGCGGAUGGCACUUCCGACAACGAUGCGGCUGAUGAUGAGCCUAAAACGCCCUGCAAGACUCGCCGUACCAUUGUGGUGCCGGUGCUGCCCAAGACUCCGUCGGCAGCGCGGCUACGCCAAACGGCACGGGCUAAAAAGUCCAAUGAGUAUGUGCCCGAGAGCGACGGCUACUUUCAUUCUCAUGCCAGCAGCAAAAUCCUUACCUCCGAUCACACGCUGGAUCGUCUAAAGAAUCCACGCCUAGCCGCUGAUCGUCUGUUCAGCCUCCUGGCCGAAAUGAAACUAUCCACUGAGCAUGAGACGGCCAUCAAUGCCAUUAUGGAGGAGUAUCGCAGCUAUUUUCCCAAGUGGCUGUGCAUUCUAAACGAGGGCUUCAAUAUUCUCCUUUACGGACUCGGCUCCAAGCGUCAACUCCUGCAGGCAUUUCAUCACGAAGUGUUGGCUCAGCAAACUGUGCUUGUGGUCAAUGGUUUCUUUCCCAGUCUGACGGUGAAGGACGUGCUCGAUAGCAUAAUCGGCGAAAUACUGGAUGCCGGCAACAGUCCAGCGAAUCCACACGAAGCGGUGGAUAUGAUCGAGGAGGAAUUCGCGCUCAUACCAGAUACACAUUUGUACCUCAUAGUUCACAACUUGGAUGGUGCCAUGCUGCGCAAUGUGAAGGCACAGGCUAUAUUAUCCCGCCUAGCGCGAGUAUCCAACAUCCAUCUGCUUGCUUCCAUUGAUCACAUCAAUACGCCCUUGUUGUGGGAUCAGAACAAGCUGAGCAAUUAUAACUUCUCGUGGUGGGACUGCACCACAAUGCUGCCUUAUAGCGAUGAGACGGCAUUCGAGAACUCGCUGAUGGUGCAGAAUUCUGGCGAACUGGCCCUGUCCUCCAUGCGCAGCGUCUUCUCUUCGCUGACCACGAAUUCGCGCGGCAUCUACAUGCUGAUCGUUAAGUUUCAGUUGAAGAACAAGGGGAAUCAGAACUAUCAGGGCAUGCCGUUUAAGGAUUUGUACUCCAGUUGUCGCGAGGCCUUUCUCGUCAGUUCGGACUUGGCGCUGCGUGCCCAGCUAACAGAGUUCUUGGAUCACAAGCUGGUGAAGUCGAAGCGCAAUGUCGAUGGCUCCGAGCAGUUGACCAUACCGAUUGAUGGGGCAUUGCUGCAGCAGUUUGUCGACGAGCAUGAGAAGAAGUGAGCGGAGCGGGUGAAGAAGUGCCUCCGUUUAGAACAUAUUAUUAAUUUAUUACUUAUUAUAGUUUGUUUUUAUAUAUAUAUAUUUGUUUUCGAUUUCGUUUAAUAAUUUCAAUACAAUUACAAUUUUGCUUCAU